AUGAAUAAGGAUAAUGAAUAUGACAGGGAUAAUAAAUAUGACAAGGAUAAUAUAAGUGAAGAUAGUGUAAUUAUGGCUAACCUUAGAACUCAAAAGAGACUUGCUGCCAGUGUUGUUGGUGUUGGUAAAAGAAAGAUUUGGUUAGAUCCAAAUGAAACCACCGAAUUAGCUUCUGCUAACUCUCGUCAAGCCAUUAGAAAAUUAUACAGAAAUGGUACCAUUGUUAAAAAACCAACUGUUAUUCACUCUAGAUCUCACGCUAGAAGAUUAGCUGAAUCUAAAAGAGCUGGUAGACACACUGGUUACGGUAAAAGAAAAGGUACCAAAGAUGCCCGUAUGCCUUCUCAAGUUGUUUGGAUGAGAAGAUUACGUGUUUUAAGAAGAUUAUUAGCUAAAUAUAGAGAUGCUGGUAAAAUUGACAGACACUUAUACCACUCUUUAUAUAAAUCUGCUAAAGGUAAUACUUUUAAACACAAGAGAGCCUUGGUUGAACAUGUUAUUCAAGCUAAAGCUGAAGCUCAACGUGAAAAAGCUUUGAAAGAAGAAGCUGAAGCUAGAAGAUUAAGAAACAGAGCUGCUCGUGAAAGAAGACAACAAAGAGUUGACGAAAAGAAACAAGCUUUUUUAAAUGAAGGUUCUGCUUAA